AUGACCCGGAAAGUUGUUGUUCUUGCUGUGUACAUCUUUGUCUUUCUCACGGGACUUCCUACCAAUUUCCUGGCCUUCUACUCGUUCCUAAAGAAAGUGCGUGAGAAGUCACUCCCCAUAGACAUCCUUCUGCUCAACUUGACCAUAUCCGACCUCUUCUAUCUAAUCAUUUUGCCUGUCAAGAUGGUGGAGGUUGCCUUAGACAACACUUGGCCUCUCCCUGACUUUCUUUGCCCUUCGGCCCUCUUCAUCUUCUACAGCAGUAUUUACCUUAGCACCCUCUUCCUCAUGGGAGUCAGUGUGGAGCGCUAUCUAUGCAUUGCUUAUCCAGUUAAGCACAAGUUAAACCACAGGCCGACUUAUGCAAAAGUGGCCAGCCUCUUCUUCUGGUUUCUAGCCUGCUCCCACUGCUUAGGCAUUGCCUAUGGGAUAGAAUACUCUGACAGAACUGCAAAGAAAGAUGGCCCCAACUCCACGUGUUAUAACAACUUCCCUCCUAGCCAGCUCCAAAUUGUCCUCACUAUUCGCUUGGAGGUCUGCAUUGUUCUUUUCUUAAUCCCUUUCAUCAUUACCCUUUUCUGCUACAUCCGUGUGAUCCGCAUCCUGUCCUCCAUGCCCAACAUCAAACCACAGAAGAAGCAACGGGCUGUGGCCUUAGCUUUGGCCACUGUCCUUAUUUUCUCAUUGGCAUUUGCUCCCUACAAUAUAUCUCACCUUGUGGGUUUUAUUGAAGGUAAGAAUCCUACCUGGAGAAUGGAGACCUUUGUUUUCACCUCCCUCAACACCAUUCUGGACCCUGUGAUCUUCUUCUUCUCUUCUGCCACCAUCCGUCAAGAUGUUACUAACUACUGGCUCCACAUCCGCUCAAGUGUUAGAUCCCCAGGUUCUCGGAUUUGCUGCAACACGCCAAAUGCAAAUGGCAAAGGGGAAGGAGAUGCUCAGGCAUCUGUUUCAAAUAUGUUGGCUAGAUCCAACACAGCUACUCCUUAA